GAGACGAGCGUGGUUUGCACCUUCAGUCAGUCCCCGUUGGCCAAGGUAGCCACCUCUGGGCCCGUAGUAGCGAGUCGCGGCAAAUAGGCAUAGUUCCUCGUUUUUUUUUUCGUUUUUUUACACCACGGGACAAGGGAAGGCACGGUCACGCUCGCGGGCCCGAUGAGGAACAACUGACACGUGUGGAUCACGGGGUUAAUUUGUGAGACCGACGGCGUGCACGAACGGGGGUGACAAAAAAAAACGGUUCGAACGGAACGGAGCAAACGGGAAGAACCUCUUAACCGGAGGAGGUGACCACCAGUGUCUCGACGAAGGAUUCGACAAAGAGAGGAUACACGCAUGAUGGAGAGGACGUGGCGGAGUAUACGGAAGACAGCUUUAAUCUUGUUGCUGACUUUGUUAGUGGCUAGAGUGCACUGCCAGGCGCCAUUGGUAGACAGCAGUGCCUUGCCAUUGGAGCACCGAUCGGUGUACGGGGCUCCAGCUCAGUAUGGUCCGCCAGCAACGCACGGAGCCGAAGAGAAUUGGCCGCUCGCGUCCCCGGACACGCCGCAAAUCAAGCAUCUGCAGGUGCAAUGCGAGAAGACGCACAUGCGAGUGAACAUCGAGUUCGACCGUCCCUUCUACGGGAUGAUCUUCAGUAAGGGCUUCUACUCGGAUCCUCACUGUGUCCAUCUGAAGCCCGGCACGGGGCAUCUGAGCGCGACGUUCGAGAUCUUCUUGAACUCGUGCGGGAUGAGCUCCUCGGCGAAUCACAAUGUGGCGGCUUACGGCGCCCCGACGCCGUCCGGCAGCUACGUGGAGAACACGAUAAUCGUGCAAUACGACCCGUACGUGCAGGAGGUCUGGGAUCAGGCGAGGAAGCUGCGUUGCACGUGGUACGACUUCUACGAGAAAGCGGUGACAUUUAGGCCGUUCCAAGUCGAUAUGCUGCACGCCGUCACCGCGAACUUCCUCGGCGACAAUCUGCAGUGCUGGAUGCAGAUACAGGUCGGCAAGGGACCCUGGGCCAGCGAGGUGUCCGGCAUCGUUAAGAUCGGCCAGACCAUGACCAUGGUCUUGGCCAUCAAGGACGACGAGAACAAGUUUGACAUGCUGGUGAGGAACUGCGUCGCUCAUGACGGAAAGAGGGCACCUAUCCAGCUCGUCGAUCAGUACGGAUGCGUCGUUAGGCCGAAGAUUAUGUCGAGGUUCCAGAAGAUAAAGAACUUCGGGCCAAGCGCUUCGGUCGUCAGUUUCGCCUACUUCCAAGCCUUCAAGUUCCCCGACAGCAUGAACGUUCACUUCCAGUGUGUCAUUCAAGUCUGUCGCUACAAUUGUCCGGAACCUAAGUGCGGACAUCCUGGCCUAGAAUACGGUGCUCCAGCUGCAGGCUUGAGCCAGGAGUACGGUGCAGCGGUGCACCAGAGUCUUGGAUCGGAGUACGGUGCACCUCCGGUACCUGAAUACGGAGUACCACCUGCAUUUGCGGACCCUAGGCAUCCUAGCGGACCCGCUGGAGCUUACAGCGAGCCGAAUCCGGACGUAGUACCAGCCCCACAAGCGCAAACCUCAUCCUCCUCGCCCAGUUCGACGACGGGUGACGCGACGGCCAGCAGCUCGCCACAAAGUCCGCAGGAUAACAUUCACCUUCCUCCACCUCCUCUUCCUGGCCACCCGGCAGCGGCCUACCAGACCGUGAAGAGAAAGGGAACCGCCGGUUCCGAGGAGCACGAGGGUAACCUAGCCACCCUCGGAGGUCGGCCGAGGUCGGUUGAAGGUUUUCCAGCCGAGCUUAGGGGUGCCAGAAGGCGAAGGUCCGACAGUCAUGGACACCUGGAAGACGAUGAUUCCAAUAUCUACCGAACCGUGACUCUAGUCUCGAGCCACAUGCUGUUCAAGCGGGCGGCGCAGGAGAUGACGGACGUGAACACUUCGAGGACGAUCCAGGUGGUGGCACCCGGAGACGUGAACUUCGCGCUGGGCACGACGAACACCAGCAACGACACCACGGUGGUGAUCCAGAACGCUAGCGCGUCGUCGGACCCGGAGACGAUCUGCAUGAGCUUGCCGGGCUUCGUUGGUGGCCUAGUGAUGCUCCUGCUGGUGGUGGUGGUGGCCUCAUUGGUGGCCGCGUUCCUGUUCGUCAGGGUGCGGGCCGUCGACCGGAAGAAUAUCAACAUGACCGGCAGCAGCUUCGUGCAUCCGACGUACGCGCCGGACACCGGUGCCGUGCACAAUCCGGAAUUCGUGAAGGUGGCCAACUGAGACGUAUCGCGGAUCAAGUAGACAACCGAACGGAAGCUCGGCCGGAGGAAAGCGACGGCGUCUCGAGGCAAGACCGCGUGCCGGGAUGUUCGUUUAAUUCGCGCGCCCGUGUCACCUCGAACAUUCUUCUCGCUCUCUGCCUCUCGUCGUCGAUCCCCGAUCCCCCCCGUUCACCGGAAUCCGGUCUGUUUCGAUAAAUUUCCAAGCGCCGCUUUUCGUUCGAUCGACGAGCCACACUCGAGGGAACGAAAGAACGAGCAGAAUGUUCGAGCACCGUGUAAAUAAGUGCCCUAGAAACGCGACUCCAUAGGAGAGAGAACAAGAGAAAAAAGGAGGACGAAUCAAAGAACGACGCCGUCGGAGCACGUUCCGCCCAGCGUCGCUCGCGUUCCUCGAUCCUUUCACUGUUAUGUGGGCCAGCGUGCGUAUGAUCGUACCCUUCAAAACGACACGUACUUUUACCUCGAUCGACACAUUCGGCGGUACGCCGUUGCGGGCUCGAUGGGUCGGAAAUUAGGUGAUCGUUUCCGUUUAGAAACACGAUAGCUGUCCGAUCCUCUCCUAACUUGCUAGUCUCGAGUAGUGGAAGCCGAGUGGAUUGCUAUUAUGAUGACAAGUAUCUCUCCUCUCUUUUGGAGCAUAAGGAGUAGGUCUCGUCGGAUACUCUGUCGCGAUUCGAAACAGAUGACUCUCGAAGUUUGCUGCUACACGAUGAACAGGUUUCGCAUCCGUCUAGGUCGUACGAACAUUGAACCAGCUGACUGGCAGCUUCGAGAAUUUUUCAAGAAUGUUACUUCAGCUGUAUAUCCUUCUCUUGUAAUCUGUUGGCUUUGAUCUAUGUGACUUGGAAACCGGCAUCCAAGAUUAUUCGGAGCCAACGUCAACAAUUAGCAGUUUUAAAAGUGUUUCUACAAGAUGAACACGUUUCGUCAUUGGUCCAGGCCCUGCGAAACUUGAAUCCGACGACUAUUGGUUCCCGAGUGAAUUUAAAGAAUCGUACUCUAGUUAUGUCCUUCUCUGGUAAUUUGUUGGCACGAGUGUCUACAGGUUAAAAGAUUACACUCAGGGCUAUGUGGAGCCAACUAUCUAUCGCGAGAAAGAUUGCAGAAUUAUACUCUAGCUAUGUUCUUCCGUUAUCGUUAGCUUGAAGAAUCGUACUCUAGUUAUGUCCUCCUCUGGUAAUUUGUUGGCACGAGUGUCUACAAGCUAAAAGAUUACACUCGGGGCUAUAUGGAGCCAACACAAAUAGCUACCGCUUUGAAUAUAUGCUGCUAAAAGAUGAACAAGUUCAGCCCAUUGACCUAGGUCCUACGAAAAUCAAAGCAGUUUAACUAUCUAUCGCGAGAAAGAUUGUAGAAUUAUACUCUAGCUAUGUUCUUCCGUUAUCGUUAGCUUGAACGUCUACGAGCGAAGGACUAUUCGCAGCCGACACAAAUAGCUGCCAGCUAUAAUGUGUCAAUGUGUUGCUCCAAGAUGAACAAGUAUCGCCGUUGAUCGAAAUUCUACGAAAAUUGCGCCACUGUAACCGUCAACUUCGAGACACUUCAAAGAACAGUUCCCUAGCUAUAUCUUGUAGUUCGUUGGUUCGAAUGUCCGCGAGCGAAGAAACGGCGGUCAGGAUUGUCCAGAGCAAAACAGGCAGAUUUAACGGAGACGUAUGCCGGAUCGGUACACCGUUGAUCCCUGGUGACCCGACCCGUCGAGCAGACCAUAGUAGUUCCCGAGUUUCGUCAGGAAAUUAGUCCUGCCGCGAGAGUCGAUCGCGUCGACGCCGGUUUUCCGAAGUCCGGGCAGCGGUGGAACGUUCUCCGACGCGUUUCGAUGGCACGUUGCGACCGCGACGGAUCCGAAGAGUAGCAUAAUCAGGCGGCGGGAGCACGUCGCAGCGUGCUACGGCGGCUGGUGUUCGUCGAUGGUCGGCCAGAGUAGUCUCGGGGGGCAUUGUAAAUAAGUCGGAAGUAGUCAGACGGCCCUUCUCAAGACCAGCGGGUUCCUCCGGGAGCCCGCGUCCUCGAUCAGCGAAGCGCGUUUAUUUAUAUGUUUUCGUACACUCCGAACGGCAUUCCUCUUUAUACCUUUCGUUCUCCAAACUUCGUUUUACCUCAUGCCACGUGGCCAUCAGCCCCGUCGCCGUCGCGGCCGGUCUGUCGCGUUUGGAAAGACCGUCGCGACGACGGACGUCGCGGCACACGACGUCGCGACGUCCAACGGUGCUCCUGGUCGGUUCUUCAUGCGCUCGCGAAGCGACCUUAUUUAUUGUGCUCUUUGUUCUCUAUGUUUUUAUUUCGUUUGUAUUAUUUUCUGUUGUUCACUUUUGUUACGCUCGUUCUAACUCCAUGCUCCAUUUUACUUUCGAACGCGAUCUAACCAUAAUUUAUUCGUCAAAAUUUAAGUUAUUCUAUUCUUCCUUUUCGUUUCUCCUUUCCCUUCUUCCUUCGUGUUUCUUUUAUUUAUUUCCACGCACCCUGAACCACUUUCUCGUCCUCUGUCCCUGUCAUCCUGCGAACUAGCCUGUAAGAUUUUCAAGGAAACAUUAUUCCCCGAAACCCCGGGGAAUCUUAAGUAUGUGUCUGAAGCACACACGUAAACACAUGUAACACAUAUACGGAGGAUACGUGAUGGAGACGCGAUCAGACAGCGGAUCCGUAUACAUCGAGACGCGUACGUGCGCGAGCUAUAAUUGUAUACAUUGUUACACUGGUACGAGGAAUGUAUACGUUAAUGCAAGAUUUCAUUAUCUCUGACAAUUAUUUUAAUUACAUAUUCAUUUUUAUUUAUACAA